UGGAGCGAGUAGACAGUUUUCGAUUAGAAACAUGGUGUCACCAUGUUUGUUGGACCCGAUAUUCGCUUUCUUUUUAUUAUAUUAUCAGUAUUUACAAUAUUUAACGUAGUCCACAAUAGUUUUAUGAAACCCCAAGGAUGUGGGGCAAAAGAUGAUUGUAAUUGUAGCCCAGGAUAUUGGGGGUCGGAUUGUCAGUACUCUAGACUUCGAUUGACUGGGGAGAAGGGUAAACUUACAGAUGGCAGUGGAAAGUAUAGGGAAUCUUCAAAAUUCAUGUGGCUUAUUGAAAGCCCAAGGCCCAAUAGUACUAUAGUGUUAGAGUUAGAUGAGUUUGCGACUGAGUGCUCAUGGGAUCACUUGUAUGUCUAUGAUGGCCGGUCCAUCAGAGCACCCCUCCUCGGGACUCUUAGUGGCAUGCGACGCGAUGCCCACAUCAAGGAAGUUGCUGAUGCACCAAUCAUUUCUCUCUUUUCUCGCUCGGGUGCUGCCUUUCUGUAUUUCUAUAGUGAUGCUAACUUUGCCAUGAACGGCUUCUCUAUCAAAUACAGUAUCAAGCUAAACUGCCUUGUGAAGUGCAGUUACCAUGGUGACUGUGCAGCAGAUGGAUCAUGCGUAUGUGCGGCAGGGUGGGGUGGGUCUACAUGUAGCCUGCCUGAAUGCCCUAUCACCUGUACCAGCGGCACAUGUGACCUCACCGUGAGAUAUUGUUCUGGGUGUGCUGCAGGCUUCACUGGGCCAGCUUGUAACACAUCAUUAGGGGAAGGCUAUUGGACUCAACACAUUGCUUACAAUCAAGAUGCGAUGUCUGGCCGUGCGUCCCAUAGCACUGUUGUCCUGGGUGACUGGAUCUGGGUUUAUGGAGGAUACUCUCUCAUUAGCACACAAUUCAAUGAUCUCAUUAGGUACUCUUUGUCAAACAACACCUGGGAAGUCCUUCAGCUAGAUCCUGCUAGUCCAGUACCAUCUAGAAGAUAUGGGCAUUCUAUGGUGGUGGUUAAUGGUUCUUUAGUCGUUUUUGGUGGUAGAGUUGAGGGUAGUGAGGUGAAUGAGUUGUGGAUUUUUGACACGCAUCUCAUGUCUUGGCAAGAGGUGAGCCCUAAAGGGGGUAACACUCCACUAGCUGUCUCGGGACACUCUGCAACUGUAGUGGGUGGCAAGAUGGUGGUCCUAUUUGGGUACGGCCCAGAGGAAGGAUUUACACAGAAGGUUCAGGAAUACGACCUAAUGACAAAUUCCUGGCAGUUGUUCAAUGUGAGCUCCCAUAUCGUACGUGCUACCUAUGGUCAUAGCAGCGUAUAUGACCACCUCUCUGGCCGGAUUUAUUUGCAUGGGGGAUAUCGGAUGCCAUCACCAAAAGGCAAUUCCAAGGAUGAGAUCUCCAGCGAUACCAAUGCAUACGACCCAAACACAAGGCAGUGGUACACAUUACUGAGCAGUGACCAGCCCAGGUUCUUCCACUCGGCUGUGCUUAUUGGUCACAUGAUGCUUGUGUACGGUGGUAACACCCACAAUAUGACUGUGGCAUCUGAUAAGCUGACUAAAUGCUACUCACAAGAUUUUCUCAUGUUCGACACACGGUGUAAUAACUGGAAUAAGAUGCCAACUAAAGAUCUUCCGAUCUUGUCGGAACGAUUUGGUCACACCGCCAUUCAGAUAAACAGUACAAUGUUCAUUGUUGGAGGAUUCAAUGGUACCAUGCUGAAUGAUGUGUUAUCGUACACUGUGGGUGAAUGCUCUGUUUGGAAGGAUCAGUCCACUUGUCACCAGGCUUACUUGCACAGUGGAUGUGCCAGGUUACUAUCCACUGGAGCCUGCAUUAGCCCAGUGGCUGCUCACAAGAGAGCAAAUGAUGCCAUCUCAAGGCCCGCAUGCACUGCCAACCCAGGGCAUUGCCAGGGGUUUGAUUCCUGCCAGAGAUGCACAAGUAGCGCCCAUGGCUGCCGAUGGUGCAGCAAGACAAACAAAUGCUCUAGCAAGCCUUGUGAACACUCUGAGGCCGAGGUAAUUGAGGUCGACAAGUGUGAAGCCCCUACUAGUGUAUGCCAAGUGGGUAUGUGCGCACACACCCGAUGUGAUAACAGCACAUCAUGUGAUGACUGCACCCGGAGCAAGGGGUGCAUGUGGUGUGAGUCGAAUCAGAAGUGCGUCCCUCUCAAUGCCUACGUGGUGUCCUUCCCAUAUGGACAGUGCCAUGAAUGGACACGGGACAAUACAUGUGCAGCUGUCCAGUGCUCUAAGAUGGUCUCUUGCUUGGAUUGCCACACCCUUCCGGGUUGUGGCUGGUGUGAUGAUGGCUCUGGGACUGGUUUGGGGAAGUGCUUGGCUGGUGGUGAUCUGGGACCAUUUGUGUCCAACAGUACCUCACAAGACAGCAGAUGUCCAGUCAAGGGUGGCAGGCAGAUGUGGUACUUCAUCGAAUGUCCAGCAUGUCAGUGUAACGGCCACAGCACAUGUGACAGCAAGAACAACUGCAAAACAUGCCUGCAUAACACAAAUGGGACCAACUGCCAGAUCUGUAGUAAUGGUUACUAUGGCAACCCUAAGAACGGAGGUACAUGUAAAGCAUGUGAGUGCAAUGGACACGGAACCUCUUGUGACCAUUUGACAGGAUCAUGCGUCUGCCUCACUAAAGGCGUGGUCGGUGCUAGCUGCGAGCUGUGUGAGGACAGCAAAGGUUACCAUGGAAACGCUACUCGUGGGGGAAACUGCUUUUUCGAUUUGACCAGCAACUACGUGUUCACCUUCAACGUGUCAGGCAAGAACAGGGCGAGCUUCAGGAACACACCGCAGAAGUCUGAUCGCGACGUGUUGUUCACCAUUCGAGUGCUCGGAUCUCAAGCCUUGAUGAACGUCACCUACACUACUGGCUCCGGGAGCGAAGAGCGAGCUGUGAUUCUAAUGAAGCCGAUCGGUUACUCCAAAACCACGUUCAAACAUGAAGAUUACGCAUUCGGCAAAGGAGUUGUGUUUAACAUCCAUGUGUACGACAUCGAUUUUGGCAACGUCAGUCUCGACAUCUCAUUUUCGCAAAUGACCCCAUUCUUGUUGCUCAAGUUCUUCAUUACCUUUUUCGGGUGUUUUUUCUCCAUCUUGAUUGUCACGUUUAUUGCUUGGAAGAUCAAAGUGCGCUAUAAUAACUACCUAAUGUCAAGGCAACGUCAGGUUGAGAUGCGACAGAUGGCCAGUCGUCCAUCCUCUAGUGUGAGCCUGCUGAUUGACAAGCAUGAUGACCCGUACUGCCGACAGACGUACCCCACCGCCAUAGCACAGCAGCCGUUCGCAUUUGACCACGUGGGAGUGGUCACAGUCCUCGUGCGGCUGCCCAGUACGUCGGCUGGCCUGGCUCCUAUUGGCCAAUCAGGCAUCUGUUGCGCCAGCGCACUCGUGACAACCCAAGGUCACGCAAGUAACCCACAGAAUGGCGUUCUGGCGUCACGCCGGAAGUGUGGCCGCAGAGCGGUACCCGACACACGGCGAUCGCGGUUCGGCCCUUGCAUUUAGCUGAGAUCGAACUGAAUGCAAAUAACGAUAACAAUAGUUUUGUUUAUAAUGUAAUAUACACGCUUGCUUUGAAAGAAAAUGCUGGAAGAAGUCAUUAUUCGACUUGCCGACAAUAUUACAGCCUUAGGCCAAGGCCCAGGUUAAUUUAUGUGAAUAAGGCUAAAUCCAUGCAAAUGAACCAAUAAUACGGCUAACUGAUAAUGCGGCGUUUGAACCUAGCCUAAGGGGCUAGAUUGAGUCAGGGAAGUGUAAGGAUUGAGUUGAAUGAAUUGCUGUCCAUAUAGGGGAAACCUGGGGUAACAAGCAGGCGCGCGCACCCCAGACCCCCGUCAUUCAUCGGCAAAUCUUGCCUACGCGACUGAUUAUUAUUUUUUUCUAGACACGAAAGUCCAAAGAAGGAAUCUUUAGCUGUUUUUUUCCACGGAAGUCAAGUAUUUUGAUAUAACAAUUACGUUGUUGUUAGCAUUUUCAUUAAAAUUUCCCUCAGUGAGUAUUUGACUCAAAAGCAAAAGAACCUAUUCCAUAUAGUUGAUGAUUCCAUAAGGUAAAUUGCUGAACCAUCCAUUUAAAUGUAAAAAUAAUAUUUAUAAAUCGAAUUAAUAACGUAUCGAGAGAAAAACAGGAUAUUUGUCUAUAAAAAUACGACUACGAAGUUGUUGCUGUCUGGGGUAUUCAGUUGUACUUGUAGUUCUCAUUUUUUUUAUUAAGGAGUCGAUGUCAGCCGCCAUUUUGUCUUCCUAGCGAAAGUGCAAAAAGCAUCAAUUUCCAUCGCGGAUUUGGGAAGGGAUUACGAGAUUAUUAUUUUUUUGUGAAUUUGUUAAAAAAGGUUAUUUACUUUUUUUUUAGGUUGGCUCCCUCGAAAUUUUAAGAAUCAGUUCUAAUAUUAAAUGAAAACAAUAACUAUAAGGUAUGGCUGACAAGGGUUCUUUAAACUAGUACCUGCACUUGCCCUCCGUCUUCACAGCUAAAGUUGGGGUUUCAGAUAGAGGCAUUUAGUCGUUCCACAAAACAAAUGGUCACACCUCGAGAUCAAAGAACGGUUGUCAAUUAGUAAAGGAGUAUAAAACAACUGC